AUGGACGACUCUGUGCCCAACGACGCCAAGUCGAAGGAGGUGGUCAGGCUGUGGCGCGCCUGGAGGACGGUGCACGAGAUGGUCGCCGAUAGGGAAUACGAGCUCGCAGAGGAGGAAGUCAACAUUUCGCUGGACCGGUUCCGCGACGAGUACUGCAACCCCGACGGCUCCAUCAACCGCGGAAAGCUCCAAUUCUCGGCCCGCCCCAGCGACUCGAUGCUGCGCAAGAACACGCCCGCGCCCACGGCGGCCAACCCGAACCCCGUGCCCGACUGCGGCCCCGUCUGGGUCGAGUUCCUGACGGACAAGCAGUUCGGCGUGGCGCAGAUCCGCCAGUUCGCCAAGCACACCAUCACGAACAACUACAAGACGGGCAUCAUGGUCACCCACGUCGCCCUCUCCCCCGCCGCCCGCAAGUCCCUCGCCAGCGUCGAGAACCUCGCCAAGAUUGAGUGCUUCCUCGAGGACGACCUGCUCGUCAACAUCACCCACCACGAGCUCGUGCCCCGGCACGUCCUCCUCUCCCGCGAGGAGAAGGCCGCCCUGCUCAAGCGCUACCGCCUCAAGGAGACGCAGCUGCCCCGCCUGCUGCAGAAGGACCCCGUCGCGAGGUACCUCGGCCUCAAGCGCGGGCAGGUCGUCAAGAUUAUCCGCGUCAGCGAGACGGCUGGCCGCUAUGCCAGUUACAGGCUCUGCGUUUAG